CGAAACGGGACCAAACAAUUCGCUAAAGAAUUAAUUGGCUGAAGAGUUGAUCAACUGAAAAAUGUUCCAUAAAGUGUUUCUCCUGCUGUGUUUUCUUCAACUUAGUAGUGCGUGCGGUGUAUGGUUUGAUGUUGGACACGCUUGCGUUGGCACGAGGGAUAAUAGCUUCCACGAAUUAACCUACAACGGACCAAGUUCAUUUGUUGGUGCAGUUAAAUUGGUUCACACUUCAGGUUAUGUUUCAAACAGCGCGGCAAAGAAAGGCUCAUACUGGGGAGGAAACACUGUCACAGCUCUUGCAAUGCUCAUCACAGACGACUUGAACCGCAUCGUCUACCCAUCAACCCGCGUGACCACCGUAAGCAGCAAUGGUUGGUACAAAUUGCCAAGAUACACCGGGGUAUCGCCUAACCUGGUGUUCAGCGAUACCGGAGCACCCCAGUAUUUCGAGAAAGGCAACAAAAUCAGAAUUUGGUAUGGGGAAGACUGGAGCGGAUUUACAGAAAGCGACAAUCAUGGCAAAGCCUGCAUGCGAGUGUAUUUUCACUUGACCGGAUGUUAACGUUUAUAUUAGCAUCAUUAAAAUGAUUUUGAAAUGAAAAAUUGUACGCAUUAUUAUAUUCUUUAGUUCAAUCAAAGUUGAACUCU